UAAAUUGUAUUGAAUAUAAUAGAAAACAAAAAUGGCGACUUUUGGAAAAGCAAUGACAUUUUGUGAUGUAUUAGCAUUAACUUUAAAAAGAUGUAUUAUUUCUAAUGGAUCAAUGCUUCCAGCAAAGCCUUUUUCUAUCUCUACACAAAAUCAUGAAAAUUAUGAUAUUAUUAUUACUGGAGGUGGUAUGGUUGGAUCUACAUUGGCAUGUGCAAUAGCAAAUAAUAGAAAACUUGAAUGUAAAAAGAUUCUCUUAUUAGAAAGUAAUAAACAACAUGAAUAUAAAUCACAAGAAAAAUAUUCCAAUCGUGUAGUUGCUUUAAAUAAACAAACACGUUGCUUACUUUCAAGUAUAGGAGCUUGGCAACAUAUUGAAGCAAUACGUUAUUCUACAGUUCGAAAAAUGCAGUAGGUUUGGGAUGCAUGUUCUGAUGCUAUGAUUGUAUUUAAUGAAGAUUAUUUGACUGAAGAAAUUGCUUACAUAGUUGAAAAUGAUUUAUUAUUACAUGCUGUAAAUAAACAAUUGGCAGACAAAGAAAAUGUAAAUAUAAUUUAUAAUUCCAAAGUUGAAAAUAUUAAAUUACCUAAAACACAAGAAGAAGAUGCAGUAAUACAAUUACAAGAUGGAACGAAAUAUAAAAGUAAAUUAUUAAUAGGAGCAGAUGGUGUAAAUUCAUUGGUACG